AUGAAAAUAUUCUGGCUCAGACCAUCUGCAGGUGAUUAACAAUAAGAAACAAUAGUUUAUAAGAAAUAAUAAUAGGAGACAAAUAAAUAAGAAGCAUCUUAGAAAAGAGAAUCAACAAAAUUUCCAUUUCACUUGAGUUUGGAAAAAGCGAAAAAAAUAAUUGAAAAGUAAACAUUUAAUAAAUAUAAUAGUGUGAACAAUAAUAUCUUGUGUGAUUAAGUUUAAAUUGUUUUAAAUGCAUCUUCUAAAAAUUGGAUGUAGUUACAUAUAAAUUUAAAAAAUUUAGAAACUUGUAAUGAUUUUUUUAACAUUCACGUUAAUUCACUAUUUUUAUAAUUAGCUGAAUAAAUAUUUAAGAAAGAAAAUGAAAUUUAUUUAAUAAAAACAUUAGUUAUUACUUUAGAUUAUUACAUGAAUAUUGAAACAUUUUUAUUGUUUUUAUAUUGGAGAUUGCUAAGAAACAAAGAGGAGUUGAUAUUAAUAGAAAAAAUUUUAGACUAAAUAAUAAAAAUUAGAUAUAUUUGUUUAAAUGUAGAUUAUUUAAUGGAACACUUCAUUCAUUUCUUAUUUGAUAACAGGAUAGAAUUGAGACAGCUCAGAUAAUAUGAAAUUAUUCCAAGACCCUUAAUUGGUUAUGAAGAAAUGGAUUUAUUUUAAUUAGAUCCUACAUUAUUAGGAAAUGCAAUUACAGAAAUAAAUGAAGAAUUUUAUUCUUAGUUACAAUUUAAUAAUUUACUUACCAAUUUAGAUUAAGCAAAAUAGAGUGGAUUUUUAACAGAAUAUUUUGAUAGAGUAAACUCUUUUUCAUUAUAUAUUCAAACAAUUAUUUUAAAUAAAAAGGAUAGAAAAAAGGCAAUAGAUUAUUUCUAUGAAGUUUGUUUAGAGCUUUGCAAAAAUGAAGAUGGUGAAGGAGUAUUUUUAUUGUUUACUUUAAGUAUUGAAAGAUUAGAUUAGGAUUUAUUAAAUACUAUAUAAUAUAUAAGUCCAAUUUAAUAAUAGAUACUUAUUGAUAUGACUAAAACAUUUGUAUGUAAUAAGCAUAUAUAUACACCAACAAAUACUAAGAAACUUUAUCCUAUUCCAUCAUUUUAUCAUUUUUGGACUAAAUUAAAGAAACUAGAAAUAGCAGCUUAGUAAAGCAAAAAUUUAAAGUAUAUUGAUCAAAUUCGAAAUAUACUUUUAGAUUUAAUGUUUAUUCGUGAAUCAAAUAGAUCUAGAUUGCUUACUAGAAAAAAUGAAAGUGAUCCACUUUUAAAAUAUUUCUUAUUAAAAGGACAUCAAACAUAAUUAUCUCAAAUUUUAGAAAUUCCUAUAGGAAAUUGGAAUUAAAUGUAAUUAAAAUUAAUGAAAUUGGCAUCAAAUUGA